AAAAAGAGGUGGAAAUUACUACUACUACUCAAGAAAGUAGUUCAUCACAACAAGAUCAGGAUCAACAAAGUGAUGAUGAUCUAAUUGUGCUAGAUAGCCAUCAUUGUACAAGUUCAAUGAAAUGGACCAAAAAAGAUAAAACCAUUUUAUUAAAGCAUUGCCUUGGAAAACGAAUAAACACCAAGGAACUUUACAGAUUAGGUCUAUUAAAAAAAAAUCAGGCAAUGUCUAAGCAGUGGAGAUCAAUGAAAAGGGAAAUCAAGAAAUUAUUUGAU